CAGAGUGAGGAGAGCAGGAGGCAGCAGAGGUGAGUUCACACUGUUCACUCGUUUUAUCUUGUUGUGUGAUGUCGGGUAUUGAACAUUACAAUGCCACUAACAAUGGUAGAGAACAACAUUUGUUCAUUAAUAAAACUUAAUAUUCAAUAUUCUGUUUUUGUUCAAUCUGCUCCAGAGGGGUGUUUUGAAUUAAUCAGUAGAUAUAAUUUGUUGUCAGCUGUUUUCACUGUAUCUGUAAAAUAUACGGAGCCUGAAGUGUGCCAGUUAAAUAAUUACAGACAUUUAAAUGCGAUAAAUCAUUACAAAAUUAACAUUUUUUUUAAAUAUAGUGAAAAAAUAAAUUGAACACAAUUGUGAAUAUAACUCAAAGUGAUGAAAAUGACAAAAAAUGUGCAGAUUAAUACAUAAUGUUAAUAUGGAUAAUAGGAACAGUCAGAGCCACACAAAUAACAGAAGAGCCAUUACAUGUUAUCUAAAGUAAUGUUUAAAUUGUUAUUUGUAUAUUCUGUGGUUCUGUCGCUCUGAGGCAUCUAUCGCUCAUCUUUCUCUCCCUGAGGUCUCAUCCGAUUUGACUUCCUAUAAAAAGUUUUUAUUCAUGUCUGAGGAAUCGAGGGUCUGAGGACAAAGGCUGUCAUCCGCUUCAAAAACAAACGUUAAGCCCUCUGAGGAAAACUGUAAUGUGUGAUUUCAGGCAAUAUUAAAUAAUAGAAAUAAAAAAACCUAUUUCCAUAUUUUAUGUUUAAAGCAAAUUAAUAAUUGAUGAUUCCAUUUAUCUGCCUACUAUAUUCAGUCUCUCAGGGUUUCGUCUCCUGCUUUAGUGUUCACAGUUUCCUGUCCGAACAGCUUUAAUCAAACAACGUUCCACCUGAGAAUUAACAUAAGUCCCGCCCACAGUGCAGCAGCAGGAGCUCUGAUUGGCCAGCUGCUGUGUGUCGGCAGGACUGUGACUGAUGAGGCGGCACGCUGCUCACAUGUCUUCAGUUAAGCACUUUCAUGUGAAAUGUGUUCAAAUACGUCAUGAAAACACUCUUAGAAACUCUCUUCAGCUCCCUGAGUGCUGACAUGAAGUAUUUACAGCAGGGUUACACUAUACUGUACAGCUGUUUCUGUUAUUUUGUCCACGCCCGGUGCACUGAACCACUGUUGUGUCUGCUUUGAUUAUGAUUUGCAUGUUGACCUUUAUGUUCCUGUGUGUUAUUAGACUGCAGCACAGAGCUUGAGUGAGAGCAGCUCUACAGUUAGUUCAGCCUGAGCAGACAAGCAAAGAUGCAGUGGAGCCUGUUUCUGCUCCUUCUGAUGGGUCAGUGUUCCCUCUUCACAUGUCAACUCUAUAAAUACCACUUCAUUAAUAAGAACAAGAGCUGGUAUGAAGCCCAGGAGUACUGUAGACAGAAGUAUACAGACCUGGCCUCAGUGUAUAGACAGACAGACAUCAACACACUGCAAACUGCCAACAAACAAGACAAAGAAGCCUGGAUUGGACUGUACAAUGAAACUGUAACAAACAAAACUGACUGGGAGUGGCGCUGGUCUCAGGCAGAGGUGAAGUACACUGAAAAUCAGACAAACUGGAAAAAUGGAGAACCCAAUAAUGCACCAGGUAGUGAGUACUGUGUGGUCAUGAGCACUGACAUGAACAAAUGGGUGGAUAUCUCUUGUACGUCGCCACACCAUCGAUUUAUCUGCUAUGAUGCAAAUACUACAUCUGACCAAUUCUAUGUGAUUGAAGAAGAGGAGACCUGGCUACAGGCCCGAAAGUACUGCAGAGAGAAUCACACAGACCUGGUCAGUGGAAAAACACAGCUGGAAGACCAAGAACUAACCGGGAAGCUUCAGGACAAGACAAGAGAUUAUUGGAUCGGCCUGUUCAGAGUCACCUGGAGGUGGUCUGAUGGGAGAAGUUCCUUUGUCAGACCCUGGAACCAAAUCUAUUCUGACAGUCAGCCAGACAACAAAUGUGCUAAGCUGGAUAAAGAAGGCAGAUGGAGGACUGACAACUGUAACUCAACAAAACCUUUCUUCUGCUACAACGACAAAGUGAUCCUGGUCAAAGAGAACAAGACCUGGGAGGAGGCCAUCAAUCACUGCAGAGAGAAGUACAACGACCUGAUCUCCAUCACUGACGCUGAGCAGCAGAGCUGGGUCCAAGAGAUAGCCAAGAACGCCUCCAGUUCCCACGUCUGGCUGGGACUGCGCUUCACCUGCAUUCUGGAAGCCUGGUUCUGGGUCACCAACGAGAGGGUCGACUACAAGAACUGGGCCUCAAGCGUAAAGAUGGACGACUGCGACAUGUCUGGAGCCAUGGAGACAGGAGGAGAACACAAGUGGUACAAAGAGGACGAUAUGAGGGAGUUUAAUUUCCUCUGCUCUAAGUUUUGAAGCCUCCCUGUUUUCUGAUGGUGUAUUUCUCCUAAACAAGCUGACGUUGUGUGUGUUCUCUGGGUUUAUUCAGCGUGAGACAAAGUUAGAAUCUAAUGCUUGAAAAUCUGAAGUUAUGAUAUAAAAAUGCUUUGAUGUUUCUAAAAUGUGAGUGACUCUCUUGACUGCUGGAUGCCAAACAUGACAGCUGACAACAAACAGUGACUGUUUGUUUUUCCAUGAUGAUUAUUUUUCUCUCCAAGUGUGGAUAUUUUAGCAUCAUUAUAUCAUUUUUAUCAUUAGUAAAAUAUAUCAAAGUUGUGUUUUUACUUCCAUCUGUGUGGUAUAAUCAUGGUUGAAUAUGUUAUUUUUAAUUGCUGAUAGUUUAGUUAAGAUGUGGUAGAUGAUGGUUAUGAUAUGUAAAAUCAUAUUUCUGUCACAAUCUCAUUUUCAUGUAAACAUUUAAUUUGAUUCAGUUAUUCUAAAUAAAGUGUUAAACCGUGGAGAGCUCCUCUUUUCCACACUGAAACUGUUGUUUUGUCCAUGUGAGCCGCUGCUGCAGAGAGCUGGCUUCACUUCCUGACAGGUAUGU